AUACAAGCUGUCUAGAUUAUCGACCCCGGUCUGCUCUUACAAGAUAAGGUUAGACUGACUUAAUAUUUCCAAAAAUACAGUCUGCUCAUCCACCAUGCAGACUGCACAGCAGUCGUGGGAAUCCGAAAAUGUCGUUCAACUCAUAGACCCCCGCCGAGACGCCCUCUACAACUACGAUGCAUCAGCCCAUCGCGCCCUAUCGGACGCCAAACCUUGGAGCACCGAUCCACGAUAUUUCAAAUCCGUGAAAAUUUCCGCUGUAGCACUCCUCAAGAUGGUGAUGCAUGCGCGAUCAGGCGGAUCACUAGAAGUCAUGGGUCUGAUGCAAGGGUACAUUGCCGCCGAAACAUUCAUCGUCACCGACGCCUUUCGAUUACCUGUCGAGGGGACAGAAACUAGGGUUAAUGCCCAGGGAGACGCAAAUGAAUACAUGGUUGAAUACUUACAGUCCUGCCGUGAUUCGGGCCGUAUGGAGAACGCCGUGGGUUGGUACCAUAGUCAUCCUGGGUACGGCUGCUGGUUAUCUGGGAUCGAUGUCUCAACUCAGUCUAUGCAGCAAAUGAGUGAUCCCUUUGUGGCCGUCGUGAUCGAUCCCGAUCGCACCAUAUCCGCUGGUAAAGUCGAAAUCGGCGCUUUCCGUACCUACCCCGAGGGCUAUACCGCCCCCAAGGAAUCGAGUGAGGAUGAUGAAUAUCAGAGUAUCCCGCUAAAUAAAGUUGAGGAUUUCGGCGCACAUGCAUCUCAGUAUUACUCUUUGGAGGUGUCGCAUUUCAAAAGCACGUUAGAUACACAGCUUCUUUCGCUAUUGUGGAAUAAAUACUGGGUUGCUACACUGAGUCAAAGCCCGCUUUUUACAACCAGAGAUUAUGGGAGCAAACAAAUCCUGGAUCUCAGUCAGAAAGUGAAACGGGUUGCGAGGACGAUCGGUGGUAGUGGCGGCGGAGGGGGAGGUGCUGGUUUAGGAGCGUCAGGACUACUUGGAUCAGCAAUUGAUGGGGGAUCCAAAAAUAUUCCAGCCAAGGAUCAACAGAUUGACAAAGUUGUUCGUGACGGAUAUCGGAUCGUUGCUGAGGAAGUCAGUGGCCUGGUAGCUGCUGACAUCAAGAAGGGGCUCUUUCAGAAUAUCCAAGGGAAUCCUUCGACUGCUUAAGUUACGAAUAGAAUACAAUCAACGAGUUCAUGACAUUAUUCAAUUUACAUUCAUUUUUACGUAG